AUGUGUAAAAAUAUUUAUUGGAUUAAAACUACAAUCUAUUGUGGCCUUUUAUUUUUGCUGCAAUUGCCGGAAGCCACGGCAAGUAAUCCUUCUGCUCAAGCUUUAUUACAUGGAGGAGAUGAUGGAACCCUGUGCUUUGAGGCAGCAAAGGAUCAGAAUAUAACAUUCCGCCUUAUGGGUGAUGCGGCCACAUUGCUCCUAAACGGCAUGGAUAUCGUACCCUUACUGCAGCGACGUCAACGUGCAGUAGCGGCAGCAGCCCAGUCAACAGAUAUUGAGAGGGAGCCUCUGUCCCUGGACGCACUCAAGGAACAGUUUCGCGGGGUCCAACGUGAUCUUUCUCGUCUGUCCCGUGGGCUAAUCAAUAUGCACAAUGGCACUCGUCGAGGUAGAUUAACUCAGCGGUUGCUCCGCCGCACUUUACAGCGUGUGCAGAUUGUUGGAAAUACUCUGGAAACCCUGGAAGCCAACCUGCGCAAGGACGAGUGCACCUCCAAUCCCUGCAAGAAUGGCGGCACCUGCCUCGACGCCUAUAAAGCCUUCCAAUGUAACUGUCCCGCUGGCUGGCAAGGCGUUACUUGCGAGGACGAUGUGAACGAAUGCUUCGACUUGGCCAGCACCGACUUGGCUGUCUGCAUGAACGAUGCUCAGUGCAUUAACACACCCGGCAGCUAUCGCUGUGUCUGUCGCAAGGGCUACUCGGGCACCCACUGUCGACUGCAUCAGAACGCCUGCCUGGCCAAUCAGUCUGCGGAGUUGUGCGGCAGCCACGGCACCUGUCUGACCUCCAGCAAUGACGCAGGCUUUGUGUGCAUCUGUGAUCAGGGCUGGACGUGGGCGGAUACCAAUGUGAGCAUGGCAAGUCCCAGUCCCUGCACCCGUGACGUCGACGAAUGUGCUCCAGAUAUAAAUCCCUGUCACAAUGAGUGCAUCAAUCUGCCAGGCAGCUUCCGUUGUGGCGCCUGUCCGCCGGGCUAUACAGGUGAUGGGAAGUUCUGUCGCGACCUUGAUGAAUGCGCCGAUGGAAACAACGGAGGCUGCAGUCAACGACCGACGGUGAACUGCAUCAACACGGAGGGAUCCUAUCGCUGUGGACGCUGCCCGGUUGGCUGGACAGGAGAUGGACACACCUGCGAGGAGGCCAAGUCGAAUUCGUGUAAUGGUGAAAAGAUUUGUCAUCCCAGUGCCAACUGUGAGUACAUCUCUGACACGAUCGUCUGCAGCUGUCCGGCUGGAUACUUUGGACAUGGCUAUGGCAGCGAUGGUUGCACCGAGGAUGCCAACCGGAAACCCUGCGAUAAUCAUCCUUGUUUGAACAAUGGAACCUGUGUGCUCAGCGGUCGUGGCACCAGUUGCAUCUGUCAGCCUGGUUAUAUGGGUGCACUGUGCGGUGAGACGGACGCCUGUCAUCCGAAUCCUUGCCAGAAUGGUGGCACCUGUCGCCUGCUACCCGGUAAUAAGUUCAUGUGCGUCUGUGCCGCCGGCUACUCGGGCAGCACUUGCUCCAAUCUGCGCAGCUUCUGUGGGCUGAUCCUUCGCAACGAGACGGGCAGCAUGCAGUUCCCGUCCAGCCAGGAUAUCACUCCAACGGAGUAUCAGCCGAGUGAGCGUUGUCCCUUCAUCAUCGCCACACGGCCGGGCAUGAUCUUGAACGUGACCUUUGGCCUUUUCGAUCUGGAGUCCAGCAACGAGUGCACUGCGGACUUCCUUCAGAUACAUGAUGGUAGCUCCCUUACCGCCCGACUCAUUGGGCGCUUCUGUGGCAACAAGCUGCCGCUGGGCAAUGGCACCGUGCUGACCACCCAGGAGCAGAUGUUCCUUUGGUUCCUUUCGAACAAUGCUACGCAGGGUCGAGGCUUUAAUCUCACUUGGACCUCGAUGCCAAUGGUGUGCGGCGGAGAACUGAACCUGAAAUUGGGUCAAAGCGGAGUUCUACGUUCACCCAGCUAUCCUGGAAAGACGCGACCCGGCAUCGAUUGUCGUUGGCAUUUGGAGGCUCCGUUUGGCACCCGUCUGCUUUUGCACUUCUACGAGAUUACCCUUGGCCUGGCUAACAGUCCUACGACCCCACCGGUGAACUGCAGCAAUGGUGAUUAUCUGAAGGUACUAGAUUCGGAUCGACAGCUGUACUUGGCCUGCCAGUCGGCACAGCCGGAGCCAGUGUACAGCUCAUCACAUAAAUUGAAUAUACACUUCCACACGGAUCUCUUCCGCAUGGACAGCUCGUUCCAGCUGCAUUACGAGGUCAUAGCGGGUCAUCCCAGCUGUGGUGGCAUUUUCACUGAACCCCGAGGACUCAUCCGUGGCCACACAAAUGACCAUGUCUGUUUAUAUCUCAUACAACAGCCAAAUGGCACAAAAAUAGAGCUGAAUUUCCAAAAACUCCGACUCUUAUUCACCGGAAAUUGCAGGCUACAGCAACUGCAGGUCUUUGAUGGAGGCAGUGAGGAUCAACCUCAGCUGCGACGUUUCUGUGGACAACCGGAAGAUAGCGAACUUCAGCCUUUCAUGUCCAGCGGCAAUGUCGUCCUCAUGCGCUAUGAUUAUGCAUUACACGGCUUUGAUCUUCCUACAAACUUUGAGCUACGUUAUAGUCGAGUUUGCAACGCCAAUUUCAGCGGUGAUCAAGGCGGCAUUAUCACAACUCCAAACUAUCCGAAUGGUUACUACGAGAACAUGGACUGCACCUUCAAUAUAAUCGGACCAUUGAACACAAAAGUGAAGAUUAAUAUAACUGACCUUUCGCUUAGCGGAACGGAGCCUUCACUUGUUCAACCGGAUGAUGAUGACUCAACCAUCAAUGUUGGAUCUCAACUUAACUAUUUAGACGUCUCGACAAACAACAAGUUACGCCUGGUCUUUCAUGGCACCAACAAUCCCCAUCGAGCACGUGGUCUCCGUUUGGAGUACGAAUUCAUCCGAAGUGGUUGCGGAGGUGUAUUGACUUCUCCAAACACGACCGUACAUCGGUUUCUUAAUUACCCUUGUCAGUGGAUCAUUGAGGUGCCAGGAAGAAAGCAUUUGGUAGUCUCAAUGAGGAGUUUCACCAGAUUAGCUGCAGAAAUAUAUAUCUAUGAUAACAUCACCGCUGGGGAGGCUAAACUUCUUAGGCGAGUCCAAUUGAGCAAUGACAUCCGUAAUUUCAAAAUGAAUGAAUAUACGGAUUCGAGUCUCUUAACCAUAAAUGUGCCCACAAGUUCAAUGUAUGUUAUAGAUAUUCGAUAUGAGCCAGCCAAUGAAGUAUGCGGUGGCAAUUUUACAUCUCGUUACGGAACCAUCAAAAGUCCCAAUUGGCCCGAGAACUAUGGUUCAAGGGAGAAUUGCACUUGGAUCAUUACGGUUCCGUUGGGAGAGCGCAUCGAGCUAAUCGUUCACAAGUUCACAGUUGAAACCACAUCGGAGGAGUGCCACGAUGACUAUCUGGAAAUAAGAAAUGGAGACCAUAUAGGUGCACCUCUAAUUGGACGGUACUGUGGCUAUAGUAUACCACCGCGAAUACCAUCCUUCGGCAAUGCGCUCUAUGUGCACUUCCAUUCGGAUCAUGUGAUAGAGGAGCAAGGAUUCUAUCUCAACUGGCAGAUGGCGGCCAGUGGAUGCGGUGGCAAGUUGACAUCGCCAGUGGGUGCCAUUCACUCUCCUCACAGCAUGGCAGGUAAUCGUGGUGCGUUGUCCUGUGACUGGCAGAUCAGCGUGUCGUUGGGUUCGACGGUUCAGAUGCAGCUGCAGAGUCGGGACAAUCUGUGCAAUGGGCUGCUAAGCAUCCACGAUGGACCCACAACACGUAGUCCGAAGCUGUCGCUGAACUGCAGCAGCGGUGAAGAACCGCUGGAAAAGAUGUUAACGCUUUCGUCCAGUGGGAAUCAAGUGCUGGUCCGCUAUGAUGUCGGCACAAAUUCACCCGAUGGGAUUGGCUUUGUGCUCGACUACUCGACAAACUGUUGGGUGCGGUUGGAGCAGUUGCAUGGCACUAUCGAAACUCCCAACUUUCCGGAAAACUAUCCGCCCGACAUCAGAUGCACGUGGGAUAUUCGAGGUGGUCAGGGAAGCAAUCGCAUUCAAUUGGCCUUCUCACACAUGACCAUGGAGAAUAAUGAUGCCAGGUGUGACUACGACUAUGUCCUGCUGCGAGACUACCGGGAUAAUCAGUUAAUCAGCGAGCAACGUCUGUGCGACCUCAAGGAUGAGAUCAUCAGCAGUGUGGGAAAUCGUCUGGUGGUGAAAUUUAACAGUGACUACACCAUAGUAGCUCAAGGAUUCCAUGCGGAAUACAAACGCCUGGGAUGCGGUGAAGAGUUUCUAAAUGAAGAAGGUCAAUUUGAGACACCCAAUGCUCCAUACAGUGUGGAUCUGGACUGCCAUUGGCGGAUUGUUGUGCCCGAGGGUAAAAGAAUCCGUCUGGUGUUCAAGGAUCUACACAUCGAGACGACACAACGCGAUUGCAGCCAGGAUUCGCUUACCGUUUGGGCUGGAUCCAAUUCAUCUGAGGCUUUGCUGCGUAGCUGCCAAGUGGAGUCCUCCAUCCAAACCCUUAUAUCGCCAACUAACGAAAUUAAUGUCCGUUUUCGAAGUAGCUCCCAACGUGCCCGCAAAUACUUGAACGUCACCUAUGAUUCAAUUGCAGCUGAAUGUGGAGGGUAUUUAAGUGCUAGUAACGGGAUUAUAGCAUCUCCCAGCUACUAUCAGCCAGGCCUGGAUGUCUACUAUAAGGAUGUGGAGUGCGUGUGGACCAUAGAGGUAUUGGACUCAUAUGGCAUCAAGCUGGAGUACCAGACGUUCAACUUGACCGGCAAAUGCGACGAGUCUGAACUUAAGAUCUUUGACUUCGGCACCGAAAAUGUCAAAAGGCAGGCUCAAUAUGAAUGCGGAGCAGAUCCCUACGAUUUAGUUUUCUUAACAAAGAAACUCCAGUUGCGUUUUAAGGUGAAGGCGGGAUCCUGGGGUAAGUUUGCCAUGCGUUAUAAACGGAUUUGCGGAGGAUUGCGGAUAGCGGAUGAAGGUUAUCUUAACUCGCGACUGGAUUCAAAUUGUUAUUGGAUCAUCCAAGGAGCGGAGGGCAGCAAGAUCAGUCUUAAUAUAAAUCAACUGGAAUGUCCGGCCUGUACAGCUCCUGCUGGCAACUGUACGGCAGGAUUGCGUGUGUUAAAUGAAGACAGUGCAGUGACCUAUUACAAUCUGUGCCGAGAGCAUCCGGCCAAUUUGAUGAUCCCCAGCAACAAGGCACGCAUUGAGGCAGUGGGAAUUGUGCUUUCAGCGCAGUACACUACCAUCGAUAAUUCCUGUGGUGGAAAUAUUACCUCUGCACGUGGCACACUCAGCUCUCCGAACUAUCCGGAAUCCUAUCCCUCGAAUGUGGAAUGCGAUUGGUUAAUCACACCUCGUGCCGGCAAUGCUAUCGAGCUAAACUUUGAGGCAAUGGACAUUGCCAAGUCGGAACACUGCAAUGUGGACUUCCUGGAGGUGCGGGCCGACCGUCUGGGCCCCUUGUUGGGCCUCUACUGCGACAAUAUCCUGCCCGCUGAGCCAAUUGUUUCCACUACCAACAUCUGGCUUAAAUUUCGCACUCUGCCGGGCAGUAGCGGUAAUGGCUUCAAGUUGCGCUGGAACUAUGUUCACGAUGUCGAACUGAUAAACCGCACAAGUGGUACUAUCGAAUCGCCACCCACGCUGACGGUUCGUGGUGAUGAGCAGCCCUACAGCUGGAGAAUCUAUCCCCCAAGUGACUCAGUUGUUGUUCUGGACUUUAAGGAGUACCUCUCAGGCUUACAGCUGUUUGAUGGCUUUGAUGAUACCGGCUUAAGCAUCGACAUUGAGAACUCGCCCUGGCAGUUCAUCUCAAGCAGUAACGUGCUUUAUUUGAAAACUGUAAAUACCGAUUUCGUUUCAUUUCGGCUUGAGUGGAAAAUAAUGAAGUCUGAUAAGCUGACUAAAAAUGUGACGCUAACUGAAGAGUGUAAUAAGAUUCAUAUCGUGGACAAGGACACAGCAAUUGAGGUUACAUCUCCAGGUUACCCGCAUGGCUAUAGGUCACGACUGAACUGCGAGUGGACAUUUAAGCCUUCGGAUGUAGCACAUCACGUCUUUGUGGAUCUGUAUGAAGCUCAGCUAGAGGAUUCGGAACAGUGUUCAUUUGACUAUCUAAGCAUACAGAGCUCUAGCAAUCUGGCUAGCUGGCAAGAGCAGUUGCGAGUCUGCAAUAAGAGCGCCGAUCCAUUGGACAAUCCCUUGCAACGUGUGCAUGGCACCCCGAAUCUCAAGCUGAAGUUUUAUACUGACAUAUCGAUGAAUGGGACUGGCUUUCGAGCAAUCGUUAACACAAAGUGUGGCUCCAAUAUGACGGAUUCUGUGGGCACCAUCAUAAGCUCUAGUGUGCUGCCAUCCACGACAGUGGGAGAAAGCAGCUUCUGCGAGUGGCACAUUGAUGUGAGACCCAAUAGAGUCAUCGAUAUUAGUAUUGAAUACAAUGGACAGCCCAUCAAUAAAAAUUGUACACAUUUCGGUAUCAUCUACGAUGGUGUAGACAUCGGAGCACCGAUGUUGCCUCACGGCAAAUUCUGUAAUCAGUUGAAUUUAAAUACAGGUUCAUAUCGGACAAGUGGACCUCAUGCUACCAUUAGAUACUUCAUGCCGGCUCUCUUUGCGAAAGCUAAUCCUCCCCAAAACAAUUGGACACUGACGUACCGCGAGUUUAGGGAUUGCAAUACCGAGAUACGCCUCACCCAUCUAGCGCCCAGCUAUGUCUUUAGCACACCCGGCUAUCCCGAUUCCCCCCAUGCACACACUGACUGCACCUGGCUGGUAGUAGCGCCCUUGGGAGAAUCCAUUGCUGCCAACUUUGUAGAUGCAUUUGACCUGAGCACUCGCGAUUGUGAUAAGGAGUUCGUUGAGCUGUACGAUGGCUCCACAAUGCUGUCUCGACGUCUGUUACAAUCAUGUCGCAGGCCGGAUACCCAACGCACCUCGGCAAACUUUCUGCUCGUGCACUACCAAACGGAACUUAAUGAGCCGCAUUCGGGAUUCACGCUGAAUGUAUCGCUUAGCCAGUGUGGCGGACAGCAACCAAGCAGCGGCGGCUUCAUCACCUCCGAGCACUAUCCGGCCUAUCCCAAGCCAGCUGCUUGCGAGUACACCAUAAAAACGUUACAUUCCUCACACUAUGUAGUAAACAUAACCGAUCUUCAUUUGCCCUAUAAUGCGAAUGCUAAAGCGGAUGAUCUAGAUCGCAUUGAGUUUUUGGAUCUGAUGGAUCAGCGUCGCAUCAUGUUGGUUCUAUAUGGUAACAUGACUCAGCUGCCAUAUACGGAUUCACUCCAAACCAGUGAAGUUGCCAUACGAUUCGUUGCAACGAGCGCAAAUGUUAACAGCUAUCGAGGAUUUAAGCUUGAGUACAAAUCGGAGCUGGGUUCUUGCGAUCGGAGUAUCAAUGCUGCUUCUGGAGAGCUGAAUAUACAAAAAUCUGUUGUGCCCCUGAGGGGGAUGAGAAAUUGUGUAUGGCGUAUUUUUGUGCCCAAGGGUCAACGCGUCCGUCUCGAGUUCCUUAACCUGGAAGACUUGCGGGCGCCUUCUACGGUUCACCUACCUCACAGAGUCCCAUUCGGAAUCUCACCGCGGCAACAGUUUACCGCCUACAAUGAUAUUUUCCACAUGGCAAAGAUAAUCGAUUUUAAUUUGAACUUAUAUAAUGGCAGCGGAAUAAUUGAGUCAAGCGAUAACUAUAUGGGUGUACGUAUCAUACUAUCGCCUAGCAUGGCACAGAAAACGCUCCGAGCACGGUUUAGCUCCAAUGAACCGUCAGCUUGUCCGCCGGACAUUGGAGGCCAGGCAGCUGGCAUGCUGUCCAACCAGGAACUUAUUAAUCUGCCCAGCUAUUACUGCACCAUUAAAUUUGUGGCUGAACCAGGCGUAACCAUUAGCUUUAAUACUCAGUAUUCAAGUUACACACAGAUCUGGGGCUAUGUUCGGUUCAAGGACGAUGUGCAAGGAGGGGAGCAACUGUUGCUUACAACUGGCAAUGUGACGUUCUCGGUGGCUACUACAUCUGGACACCUUGUGAUCUACCAGAGCGAACUGUCCGCCCAGCUUCACUUCCGGGCCACUUAUCAACGGUAUGCGUGCGGUGGACACAUCAAACUGACGGAGGGAAUGACAAUUGAGAUACCUCGUUUGACAGAGCACUUUGGCAUAUUAGACUGCAUGUGGAGGUUGGAUAACAGCGAAGGCUACGAGCUGAUGAUCAAUUCAAGCUUCAGCGAUAGUUGCGAUAAUGAAAAUCUGGUCAUUUCCAAUGUGAACACUGAGGUGGCACGGUUCUGUCGUGGAAUGACCCAGAACAACAAUACAACUCUGAAACAUAAAGCUUACCACGUGCGCUACCAUGCAACCCAGUAUCACUCGGGUAGCAGUGAAUUCCAGUUGCUGGCCACCAAACCAGAUACCGCCAAUGGCGACAUUGUAAGGGUUGGGUACUCUCCCGAGCCGGCAGUGACCGUCGAUGCGAAGAGGUAUAAGAACAACAUGGAGCUCACCUGGGAGUUCCGAGCAAGUCAAUUCAGGACACUGCGAUUGAAGUUCCAGAAUAGAUUCUUCAUUGAGAUGGCGCCCAACUGUAGCAAUGAUCGGCUCGAGGUGUUAUCCUAUCAGUCGGAUAUCUGGCAACCGAUUGCCACCUUCUGCGGAAGGGACUUACCACAGCCGUUGCACGUUCAUUCAAAUCGAAUGCGCCUUAUAUUCCGCACCAAUGGCAACGUCACAGGCGAUGGCUUUACAUUUGUGGUCCUUUCCACUUGCGAUGUCAAGCGCCAGGCCACCCACGAUCUGCAAACUAUACUCAGCGGUCGCGACAUUGCAAGAAGACUCAGGGGGGAAACUGUCUGCAACUAUGAGUUCACCACGGACACGGAGCAUCAGGUGCUGGUCAUGGUCAAAGGUAUACAUAACACAAAAUGGUCCCAGAUUACCUGUCAAUACUUUGCAUACUUUGAGGCCUAUCGCAGGGUCGAAGGUGAUACUCAGCAGGAGCAGUUGAUCAAUAACAGACUCUGUCCCAUAUUUGAGGCAAGCGGAUAUGGAGCUGUCCAUCUGGUCCAUAAGAUCGCUGAUCGGUCGAUACCCUUCGAGAUCCAGUAUCAGUUAAUUGGUUGUGGUGGUAAUCACACUGCCCCGUUUAUUCUACGUCCUCCACUGAGCGAAUCUGGUAGCUCCUAUAAGCAUGGUGUUGAAUGUUUAUGGCAUGUGGUGGCACCACCACAACAUGCUAUAUUCCUGCACUUCAAGUACUUCGAACUAGAUACUCAAUAUCAGAUGGACGAACUGAACGUUUAUCGUGGUAGCAGCCCGAGGGAGGAGCAACGUGUUAGCCGACUCCGAGGCAACUUAUCGACACCAUUCAUCAUGAUUGACAGCAAUGAGGCGCUUAUUGUGGCCAACCUGCCAGGCUAUUCAGAUGAAAAUAGACGUGGUUUCCUGGCCUCUGUUAGCUUUACGCCCAACUGCAAUGAGCGUCUGGCGUUGAGUGAGGGCAACAACCGGAUGAGCCUGGUACGGCACUUCCAGAUGAAUGACACCAACAGCACUGAGGAUCUACACUGUUACUUCCGAGCCAGUGCACCGCCGGGUUACCGCCUAUCUAUUUCGCUGAAGCAACUGCAUCUGAACGGGCCACAUUGCAGAAACUGUAACUCAUUGGAAGUGGUCGAUGGCUUCGAUAUGGAAAGUCCCAGUUUAGGCACCUACUAUGCUAAUGUGGACAACGGCACAAAGCUCCUAAGCUCAGCAAAUGAUGUGAUUAUCAAGGUCAGCGGAAAGAAACCUUCGCAGUCAAUUAGCUUUGAGUUGAUGCUACAAAUGGAGGCUACGAUCUGUGGUCAGGUAGAGUAUACGCUGAGUGGAAAUCAGACCGUCAAUCUUCGACUGAGCUCCAACAACACCUCCAGCAACUACGAAGGCAAUAUCCACUGUAAAUGGCACUUCAUCUCGGAUAAGUCGGUGACCAUCUAUAUGCAUGCCGUGCAACUUCAGGAUGUCUCCCAGUUGACUCGAAAAUGCAACGACUACCUGCUCAUCAAGGGGGAAUAUAGUGGUCCCAAAAUAUAUUGCGGACAAUUCAGCAAUAACUCCUUAGACCUAACGGUGAUCAAUGGCUUUGAUGUAACAUUCCACAGCAAUGGAGGAGAAACAACCUAUGCAUUGGACAUAACAGUUGGAAUACAAAAAUAUUGUAACCGCACCCACACCGCUCUAGAUGGUAGCAUCUAUUAUUAUGCCAUCGAAAAUGACGAUCUUAAAAACUGCAUCAAUGAGAUACAUGUGCCACACGGUUUCGCGGUGGCAAUGGAACUGGAGUUUGUACAGUUUGAGCGAGGUGAAAAUGCAUCUUAUUUGAAUAUUACGGAUCUGGGAGCAAACCGCACGCUCCUUAAUGCAACAGAUAAUUUUGAAAGCUCGCCUAUUUCCAUUUUGAGCACUUCAAAUAAAAUACGCAUUGCGGCAUCUGGAGUGAGAUAUAUACAAAUAUACUAUCAUUCCAAUAUCAAUACACUGCCCACUGGCUGUGGAGGGCAGCUCACAAGUCUGGAGGGUUACUUUGCUAAUCCACCCUACGAAAGUCGUGAAUAUUCGGAAUGCACCUGGCAAAUCGCUGUUCCAGCGGGCAUCACACUGAAAUUCAACUUCAGAAGCUUUGAUAUGGGUCCCAGCUCCAACUGCGCGCUCGAUAACGUGAAGAUUUAUGAACUUCUUGCCGACAACAGCGAAAGUCUUCGCCAUACCUUCUGUGGACAUGAGAUGCCCGAGGAUUUCACAGUGAACAGUAAUCGGCUGAAGGUCGUCUCCAAGAAAUCGCCCAACUUUGUUGGAACUGGCUUUCGAGUAUAUUAUAAUCAAAUCUAUGAACAAAUGUAGUAUAUUUCUAGAUUCGUUAUUUCUAUUAAUAAUCUUUUUAAAUUGUAAUAAAGGCAGCUUAUAAAGAGCACUCCACUAUUCUUUAUUAAUCCGGUUCCAAAAGAGCUAAAGUACAGACAUCGGUAAAUUUUCAUUAACGUCACAGCUAUGUUAAUAAGUUUCUUGCAAAGUUAAUCAA